AUCGUCCUCCAUUAACUAACUAUCUGUUUCUGAACCGCUUGCUUCCUGUGCUCCUUUUCCAUCCCCGCUGGCAACUCUCCAAACCUCGAGCAAGAAUGAAUACGAUACGAUCAACAUGGUUAGGCUGGGGAGUCCUUUGCAUUGCUGGUGGCGGCGCAUACAUUGGGGCGAGAAAAUCCAUCGAUGCCGACCGGGUUUCUAAACAUGACGCUUUGAUGAAACACAAAGCUCAAAUGGCUGCUAUGGCGAACGCCCACGAUUCCGGCUCGUCGAACUCGCAGAAAACUAGUACGAAUGGCGCUGAGAAUGCGAUUGAAUCACCAAUACGGAAUCGAGAUCAAGUGCGACGAGAUAACCCAGUUCGUGAAAAUAAAUCUGGGGUAUGACCUGGAGCAUCUACGAGAGAACCGACGAAUCUAUCCUGGUAUAGCCACAGGGGUUCUCGUAAGGACCUAAAUGUGACCUCCAGAGACAUGUCCCAAUGUGAAGGAGUCGAACAGGCGUCCGACGAAAUGCCACCACCCUUUAUGUUGCGGGUGUGCAGAUAUGAUUAAGAACAUUCAAUUCCGCUGCAUUUUGAGCCUCAUGAUGGAGGUUAGCGUUCAUCUUGACAGCAAACGUAUUUCUCGUCUAACCAGCGUCACCUAUCGUACAGUCAGUGCCAUGAUCAAGUUCCGUAGCAAGCCGGUACCGUCCAUUGAUCGCCCAGACAAGCGGGAUAGAAGUGGGAGAUAAUACUUGUUGAUAUCAGGACGAGGGGUGACAGCAGUU